AUGGAGCAAUCCUCAGCACGGAACCGCAUGUCGGGUCUGCCGCAGACAGGAGCUCCUCAAGGGUCCUCGCCUCAGUUUUGGAACAAUAUGGACAAUAUGUAUUCCAGCUCUCAGUCACAGGAUCAGGCCUCACAACAGCCAUUGGGAAUCGGGUGGGACCAUCCUGUGUUGCAAACACAGCAGAACCCCCAAUUUCAUCAACAGCGAACCCAGAUGCCUCCCCCGAACGACUCGAAUAUGGAAAUUUACUCAAUUCCCUCGUCAUGGCAGCCAAACCCGUUGCACUCACCUGCACGUGGUUACGUGCCUCCCCCUUCAUAUCAGACAGCGCAGCCACUUCAACAAUAUCAUCAGGGUCAAGUGAGGUUUGACUCGCGUCAACUCCAGGCUUCUGAAAGUUCUGCCUUCCCCGCCUACUCCUUCCCGCCGAACUACUACCACCCUCAACCUCAAACUUCCACGACUCAGGGUCAAUUUAAUAUUCCACCAGGCUUUGCUGCUGAGAUGCUGGAUAAUCCCAUCGAUCUUACAACCGACUUCUCUGAAACUGGAAACCACCAAACCAUCGAUCCGCAGUUUUUAAACCCGACUCCACAAUCUAUUCAGCAGUCUUCACUCGCCAAUAAUUUCCUUUACACAGGUCAACCUGGCUUUGAUCGAACUGGAGGCGCGAUGUUUGAUUAUUAUCAAAACAACAUUUCCGUUCAACCCCAGCUCGGUAUUGGCUCUAAUCCUGCUGCACAGCAGACUGGGUUCGUCGUGUCGAAAGAAACAGGUCUUCCUAUUCCACAAGUCUUGAUUCAACCCGGCAAGACCAUUAAGAAGCAACCUGGAAAAAAGAUUAAGACACAAAAGAAGACCAAGGACGAGUCGGAACCCGAAACCUCAGAUGACUCCGAUCUGGAGAUUGAAACCGCACCCGAACCCUCUCCGAUUCCCGCAACUCGCCCUAAAGAGCCUGUUGAAGCUGCCGGGUACGACACCCUACAAGCUGUGUGGUCACCUCGUAAUAAGAGAGUCUCUGCGGAGAAAAUCAAGAGCGGCCUCAUGAGCUUUAAGGAUAUCAUUAAAACCCUCCGCGAUGAAUGGAAGGACCGAGUUCAGGAUAUGAAGACGGCAGAGAAUAAGGGUAACAAUGAGCUGGCCGCCAAGUGGAAGGACGUUGUGAUUUUACAACGCCAGACGAUGAAUAAGAUUAUGACCACCGCCAUGGAAAUGGGUCAUCCCAUGAUUGUUGAGAAAUGUGGAGAACAUCCUAUGGCACUUGCCGCGAUCUAUUCAUUUCUGGCAGAUCGAUUCCAGGCUGCAGAUUAUGAUGGUGCACUGACCAAAAAUAUGCUGAAGCUCUUGUCUCGAUUCGUGACAGUAGACGAGGAGAUUCUUGCGAAGACUAACCUUGCUAAACUACUGCCUCGUCUCAUCAAGAAAGGCGGGCCAGCCACCAAGGAAGCUGGGCAGAAAAUCUUAGAAAAUGCUGUUGCCUCCACAAAGCGAAAGCAAGACGCCUCCAAGGCAACCAAGGAGGAUUCACCAGUAGUCAAGAGCUCUGGAGACUCUCCAUCUGCUGAGAUUGCUGGCUCUAAGCGGCCACGUGAGGCAGAAAGUAAUUCUCACCCAGUCACAAAACGCAUGGUUGUGACAUCAAAUCCAAAAGAGAAUAUCAAGCCCGUCAUGGCAGGUAAUGAACCACCGCAGAGAAGAAGGAGAAACCAGCAGGCCCCCCCUCCGAAACCUGCAUUCUCUUUUGGGGAUAUCAUGGCUGACCUCAGUAAGCCCAAGGAAACCGUUGUCGCGAAGCCCGCAGAAGACAUACCACCUGAGACCGAGGAGGAACGGAAAAAGCGACUUCGGAAAGAAGAAAGACGUAAACUCCGUGUUAGCUGGAAGCCUGAUGACUCUCUCACUGAGGUUCGCUUGUUCACUCACGAUCCGGAUGAAGAGCUUGGUCCUGGCGAUGGCUCUAUGCGCGGCGUCGGAGAUGUCAAAGGCGAGGGUAGCGUGCUUAAACUCCACAAGGACUUGGAAGAAUUGGAGGAAGAAGAUCUCGGUGGAGUUCGGGAGACGAGCCACGGGGAGUAUCGUGAUUUAUCUGAAAUCCGGAUUGAUUCCGACGAGAUGAAGAACAACAACUUCAUUAAACGAGGUGGUAACCAGAAGCCUGAUAGCCCAGAAAGGGAAGCUCAAGAUCAUCGGGAAUCCACUACUCUCAUGGUUUUCUAUACCUCUCCGGCCGAUGUGCCUUCAACCCCGAAGGAGCCCCCAGCUCCUAAUCCGGAUGAGGUUGUCCCCGAUAUCAUUUCCUUUGGAGAUUUGCCCGAUCACAUUAAGGCCCGACAUGAUCGUUACUUUGAAUCUAUGAACCCCAAGCCUGCACCCACUCCUCUCCAGCCCCAGCCGCAGCUCCAAGGUAACCAACCCGCAGGUGGUUUUGUCGACUUUGCUACUCUGUUCCAGAUGAUGAAUCCUGGAGCUCAGCAACAAUCCACACCUCCGCCUCAAGUAGCUCAACAACCUCCCCCGCCGGCUCCGAUGUCUGAUCUUGAGCGUACCGUCAGCAUGUUCAGCCAGCAACAGCCUGUCCAAGCUCCCCAGGCUCCGGCGUCCCAGCCACAGGCUCCGGUAGUUGAUUUCCAAAGCAUUCUGAAUGUGAUGAAACAAUUGCAGCCAGGCACCUUUCCCCCGGCGCAGCAGACACAGCCCGCAAUGGCCCCCAACUUGAGUAACAUGUUCGCGCAAUUCGGUGGGCAGAACCAGUAUCCUGGGCAAAACCAGUAUCCUACUAGUCAACCUCAGAUGCAGCCAGGGAACGGCAACAGCUACGAAGACCCUGAGCGCAAACGUGUGCGUGAUAGUGAUCAAGGAGAUGGGCUGUAUGACAGUAGCUGGAGUCGCCAGAAACGCACCAAGUCUAAUGACCCUAAGCCUUACAAAUACGGUUUGGUUCCCUGUAAGUUCUGGGCUGAAGGAAAGUGUAGAAAAGGCGAGAACUGUACCUUCCGCCACGAUACUUCUUAA